GUUUUUUUUUUGCAAGCGUUUGUGCAUCAUUUUGCAUCGCGUCGCGCGGUUCACUUCACCGGUGUUUCGGAUUGUUAUUAGCGGCCGGCACAGAAGAUUACCCCGGAUGAUUUGGUUCCAUUUUGCUGAGCGCUAUUCAAGUUUGUUACUUUAGGUUCGUUUGUUAUGUGUACAUCUGAGCGGUGCUCAAAAAUUUUGCAAAUCUGGAUGAACACAGCGAAACAAUGAUAACCGCCUCAGAACCUCUGGAAUUUAUUCCUCGGGGUCGUCAGGCGGUGAACGAGCACCCGGGCCCUUUGGUGUUGAAGAAACCCGUUUCGGUUCCGUCUGACUUCAUCCUGCUCCAGCGGAUGCAGGAUGUUAACAUUUCGCUCGACGAUAGCCCCGUAGAGUCGUACCAGAUCCGGGAGGCCUACAGCGAGCUGGACGAUGACACUGGCGGUCCGGCAUUUUUGCGCGAGGCUGAGUUCAAUACGGAGGAAGAACUCUACGUCAAGGGUAACACGGCCGUUUGGACGACCGGGUUGAGCAAUGAGGAAGCUUCGCCCCAUACGAGUCUAACGUGCGAGCACCCCAUCAAGUUUGCCUUUUUCAGCCCACGGCAGUUUCUUUCGUCGGAAGCGAAAGACAACCCGGAAAAAGGCACAAAGAAGCGGUCGAAAUCAGAUCAACAGUUGAAAUCUGCUGUGUGCCUAAUGGAUGGUACUUCCCUAAGGGUUUACUGCAGCAGUGGUGAGAAUUUCGUCACCAGUAUUGAAUGUCCAAUUUCAAACGUUUGGAUCACCAAUCACGGUAUUCUACUGGAGAAGGAACCAUCCAGUGCCGUGCUGGAAAAUCAUUCUAUCCCGAUGCCCAGGUUGUUCUCGCUGAAUCAUCCUCUCGAUGAAAUGUGUCCCGUUCUGAUAAAAAUGAACAACUCGACAGCCUAUUUGACCGAAGCCGAAUACCGAGUGGUGUUUACCUGUGAGGAGAACAAAUUGGUUCUGAUGUAUGACGAAAAAAUCGGGAAGCAUUUCGUUUGCUUCCUGCGCAGGGCCACCGAUGAGGAAAAGAACGACAUUGGUUGCGGAAGUGACAGCGUGUCGUUGUCCAAUACCGUAUUCAACGUUACGUCGGGACAUUUAUCCCAUCAUGCAGUAACGCCACAGCAUUCCCUUGCAACGCCCCAGUCGUUCUACAAGAACUCGCUUCUAGCACGUCACAGCACAUCAAAAGUAGGCCAGCUGAGUUUCGGGGCCACCCACAGCAGCCCGUAUGCCAGUAACUUGCAGCUCGGCCAAGUGGGUUCGUUCAACCUGAACACAACCGGUGUGGCCGGUACGAACAAUCGUAGCCAUAUGCAGCAGACUCAUGCCACGGCUGGUACCACACCGUUGUCAAGGUUGCAAUCGACACUGGGCGCAUCCGUCUCACUGAUGGACGUCAGGAAAAUAGGCCAAUCAGAACCUUCGAAGCCGAUCGUUCCGGAGUACUGCCUGGAGCACGUUUGGACCGACAACAUGAGUCAGUGGAAAGAGUUUCCAGAAAUGGCAUCGAAAGGUUUCAUACACGAUGAUUUGGUAGGCGAUACUUACCUAUGCUUCUUACUUCCUCGAUCCGAAAAACUGAGCCUAAUUCGGAUUGAUGGCAGUUCCACCGACAACAUCCUGAUACCACCUGCCACGGUGGCCGUUCAAAUCCCUGCAGUAGAUGCUGUCUGCAUGAAGCGUCUGAACAUGAUCGCAGUGUUGGCACCUUGUGGAACACUCAUGCUGUACUCCGGGUCGACUCAGGUCGGCAAAGUGCACGUGGGCGGCAUUCUGAGUAGUUUCGUCACGUCUACUGCCCUGAGUGCAUCUUUUGCUACAUCCCAGGGCUUUCCGCGACGCAGCAGUUUGCUGCCAACGGUGCCAGCAGCACAAGCAGAAACACGUUUCGACGAGGAACUCCAUAUGCUAUCGCCGGUACAGCCAUUGCACUCUGCAACAACUACGUCUCGUUUGAACAAUUGCUCGAGCAUUCGGGAUGGGUCGGGUAAUCGAUUGACGCUGGCAUUCAACAAUGAUAAGAUGUUCCGUAUAUCACUACCGAUUAUGAGUGAGUGUCAACUCGUAUCACGCUGCUUGCUAGCAUUGAGAGAAGCUCUUCCGAAGACGCUGGCUUUGGAACUCAUGAUCCGAUGGUACGGUACGAAGAAUGCACCUGGUUCGAAAGAUUUCGACGGGAACCGAGAAUGGGAAGUUUUUUCUGGAAUGAUAUUCCAACUCAUGGGUAGGCCUUUCCCGCCUCCUGAUAGUCGACUGAACAAGUCCAACUCUAAGUCCUCGCUAGACGAACCGAAAAAACGGCGGAAAAGUGAGAACUGUCUUGGAACAGACAAUGAUUGGGAGUAUUUAAUGGCACAUAGUGGAAACAUGAAAAUUCCAGAAAAAGAUGCGGAAACAGCUGGUCCAGUUCCAUAUAGUUCGAAUAAAACCUUAUUUGGUCACAUUCCUAGCAUUUUGUAUACUUUACAUUUGGUGUACGAAGAUCUCAAACUAGAGCCCCUUAUGCGAAACGAACUGAAACUUCUAUCAGAGUUUCUAUACGAACUAUCGUCUGAUGCAAAACUGGAGAAAUUUCAACUGCACUAUUUCUUAGAUUUCCAGCACCUGGUUGAUCUACGCUCCUGCUGUUUUAUAAAAGAAGAAGAUAGAACGAAGUUUAUCAACGUAAAUGAUAUCGAUUUUGAAAACAUCCCAAAAAUAUUUUCCUACAUCCAUACCAUUCUUCUAAAUCCUAAUAAACCGGAAAUGCGACAUUAUCCUUGCUUAGAAAAAAUCAACAAUCGCAGUCGAGACAUAAUACUCAUCAUAGCCUACUUGUAUCGAGUUAAAGGCCUAUCGAAGUGGAUCACAAACCAGUUGGAAACUCUCUCAGUAGGCUUGGACGUGUCGCUGUCGGAUGAUAUCGAUCAGAUUAUGGCCAACGUGAUCAUCAAAUUGCUCUUGAAGCGCGGUUACAAUCGGGUAAUCUUAGAGAAGCUUCCCGUUAGCAUUCAUUAUCUGAUUGCGCAGUUUCUUGAAACUUACCGGAACAAACCGAUCAACAUAUACGAAGCGGAUGUCUAUGAACUACUGCUCAGACCAGAACUCUACGCUCACGCGACGUUCGAUGUACAGAAUCAACCGACCAGAAGCAAGAAACACACAAGUGGCUUGAAGGAAAACUCUCUUUCGCUCCGUCGGAAACCUCAACCGGAGGUUAUACCGAAAAAUGAAGUCAAGCAGGAGGAAAACGGUAUGGAAAAUAUAGACACCAAAUUGUUGCGAUUGCGUUUCCCCGAUGACCUGAGAAUCAACGACGUCAAGGCUUUUCUCAACAGUUCACAGCCAGUCACCAUCGAUAUCGAACAAGCUACCAACGUUUCGGAUCAUGAGUUCAUGGAGGAACAGGAAAAACAACUGUAUGCAUUGUGCAUCAGAACGAUGGCACUUCCGGUUGGCCGAGGUAUGUUCACCUUGAGGGCAAGUCGACCGACCGCCACCCAAACUCUGCCGAUUCCCAAAUUGUGCCUAACCGGCAAAGAAAUUCACAGAGGGGCGACCAUAGAGAUUCAACAGUUGGAGGUUCCACCGAACAUGAGUCUUUGGCCUACAUUCCACAACGGAGUUGCUGCUGGAUUGCGGAUAUGCUCGGACACUCCGGACAUCGAUUCCACAUGGAUAACGUACAACAAGCCGAAAGGGGUUGCAGAUAUCCCCACGGAGCAUGCUGGCUUCCUGAUGGCGCUCGGGCUUAAUGGCCAUCUCAAGUCGCUAUCGUUUAUGAGCAUCUAUGAAUAUCUGGUUAAAUGUGACGAAAUGAUCAGCCUGGGCCUGUUGCUCGGAAUUUCAGCUGCCCAUAGAGGUACGAUGGACCUGAAGGCCACAAAAUUACUAAGCGUUCACACGGAAGCCCUACUGCCACCUACUGCAGUUGAGUUGGAUAUUUCUCAGAACAUUCAGGUUGCCUCGUUGAUGGGCAUCGGACUUGUGUAUCAGGGAACGGCCAAACGACACAUUGCUGAAGUGCUAUUGCAAGAGAUAGGACGACCUCCGGGACCGGAGAUGGAAAACUACGUAGAGCGUGAAUCCUACGCCCUCACCGCUGGUCUGGCACUGGGGUUGGUGACCUUGGAACAAGGCGAGAAAUCCACGGCCCUGCGCGACUUAGACAUUCCGGAUACGUUGCACUACUACAUGGUCGGAGGAAAUCGACGUCCUCUGGUGGGUGCCCAAAAAGAAAAAUACAAGCUUCCCUCGUUCCAAAUCAAGGAAGGCGAUACCGUAAACAUUGACGUAACAGCCCCGGGAGCCACUUUAGCUCUGGGUUUGAUGUACUUCCGUACCGGAAAUGAAGCCAUCGCAAAUUGGAUGAAACCUCCGGACACAACCUACCUACUUGAUUUCAUCCGUCCGGACUUGUUGCUGUUAAGAAUUGUGGCCAAAAACAUCAUCAUGUGGCACGAGAUUGACGCUUCCACUGACUGGGUUUACAGUCAAAUCCCACGUGCGUUAUCGGAACUGAUCAGGAAUCGCCUUCCUACGGACCACCAAUCUCAGCCUGUCGAUCACGAAGCACAGUGUCAAGCUUACUGCAGCAUUGUAUGUGGAGCAGCGAUUUGCAUUGGCCUUAAAUAUGCAGGAACUGCCGAUGAACGAGCAUUCACGACGUUAAACUUCCUGCUGAAGUACAUCCUCGGUCUGAGCGGACGACCUUUCGGAGACUUUGCUGGUAAGCAGACAUUAGAAAAUUGCACGAUCAUGAUUCUGCUCUCGCUAUCCCUGGUGCAAGCUGGCACCGGCGACCUAAGAGUGCUGCGGGCAGUCAGGAUGCUGCGUUCGAGAUUCGGCCAGUGUCACGUUACCUACGGAUCUCACAUGGCUGUUCACAUGGCUCUCGGAUUUCUAUUUCUCGGCGCUGGACGCUACACACUGUCACGUUCCGCGGAAGCUAUCGCGGCCAUCAUAUGUUCCAUCUUUCCGAAGUUUCCCAACCACAGCAACGACAAUCGGUACCAUCUGCAAGCAUUCCGUCAUCUGUACGUGCUAGCCAUCGAGCCACGACUGUUCCUUCCGCGGGACAUCGAUACUGGGAAACUGUGCCUGUGCGAAAUAUACUAUCUGGAGAAGGGCAAGACGGAACCGGUCAAAGUGCUGGCGCCAUGCAUGCUUCCAGAGCUGCAUACUCUCAGUAAGGUGUAUGUGAAGGAUUCCAACUACUGGCAUGUGUACUUUGACGAGGAGAAUUGGCACAAUUUGGAAAACAUACUAAAGGCGAGUGGCUGCGUAGAUUUGAAGCAGCGUGCCGGUUGCCUUUCCUAUUUAGAAGACCCUAAUCGGCUGAAAUCCAUGCUGACGCAAACUCUGACCACGAGCAAAUACAACUCGUGGAAAAUCAACGAAAACGGUUUGCUCGCCUUCUCAACGGAUCAAAGAAUCUCAAACAUAGCGACCAAAUUUUUGCUGACGGCUAAACACAACGGAAUCGACGAAAUUGAGGCAAUGCACGCCACGGAACGGAGUAUUAUCCAAAUGCUGAUGCUGCAAACGUAUGACUGCCUCACACAUGAUAAAAUGCACGGAUUAACCAUUUUUAUGGAUUUGAUGAAUUGUAUCAUCAAUUUCGAAUCGUCGUGCAAUGCUUCUGAGCUUUGGCAAUUCCGCAUCAUUGCCGCGAUAAUUGCCAAACGGAAAUCCAUCGCCGAAUCCGACAUGUUGGUUUCUCAAGACAUGCUACAAUCGCUGGUCGAUCGACUCAAUCUGCGAAUGGAGGAUAUGCUGAAGGAUAGCGGUCACCUGAUCCGCUCUUACGUGGUCGGUGUGGAUCCGGAACGGUCUCUGGCUGAUCUAUUGUCUGAAUUGUGCAACGAGGGACGAAUGCGGAUAGCUCGGUUAUUAACUUUCUACGAUUUACCAGUAAGGAUUCUCAACAGCGACGUGCUUGAACGAAUCAGCCAGACUGAUUACCUCCAGUUUGUGUGUGGUAUGCACGAACAGUAUCCAGAACUUUCCAGCUCAACCAUCUGCCAAAUGGCCGAAGCUUUGAGGUUGAAAUCGGUUCAGGAGAAAAUCUAAACUGUAAGUUAGUUUAAUUUGUUUAUUUGUAACGGUUUGCUCAUAACAUUGAUUUAUCCUGAA